AUGUUAAUUAAUCGCGUUUGGCUUUUACUGGUGCUGGCCGGCCCUGUUUGGGCUGAGUUACAAAUAAAGGUCCCAUCGGCCUACAAGGCCAACUACGAGGCCCACUGUAAGGCCAACUACGAGGCCCACUACAAGACCCACAACUGCCAUGCCAACUACAUCGACAGCUAUUCCAACAUCCACUGGAACACCAACAACUUCGACAGCUAUUCCAACAUCCACUGGAACGCCAACUACUUCAACAGCUAUUCCAACAUCCACUGGAACGCCAACUACUUCAACAGCUAUUCCAACAUCCACUGGAACACCAACAACUUCGACAGCAAUUCCUACCUCAACAGCUAUUCCCACCUCGACUGCAUUGCCAACUACCUCAACAGCUAUUCCCACCUCGACUGCAUUGCCAACUACCUUACCAGCGAUGUCCACCUCAACUGCAUUGCCAACUACCUCAACAGAUAUUCCCACCUCGACUGCAUUGCCAACUACCUCACCAGCGAUGUCCACCUCAACUGCAUUGCCAACUACUUCAACAGCUAUUUCCACCUCGACUGCAUUGCCAACUACCUCACCAGCGAUGUCCACCUCGACUGCAUUGCCAACUACCUCACCAGCAAUUCCAGGGUUGACGACCUCCACGGCAUUGCCCACUUCACCAGAUGUUUCAACCUCGACAGCUCUGCCGAAUACAGUACCCCGUCUUGUGAACGACAAACUGGAUAGUUUUAGAAUUCGAACUCCUGUAAACCAGGCCGAGGAUGAUGUGUUUUCACCCAAUAAUGAUGAUGAUAGCUUCGCUGAUGUUCAGAACGAUGCUGAACAUCCUGCUGUUACUAUAGAACCCCAAACGCAAUUUGUGCGACU